CAUCCAAAACAAUUUAUUGAAGGUCUGCCUUUGAUUUCACGGUCUGCACAUGCGCAGUUUGGCGCGAGACGACCGUUAGAACCGAUUACGUGUUUCAGCGCAUGAGUUUAGAAAGCAAAAGACACCAUGACUUCGCCUACUACAAGCGUGAUCGGGGUUUUCUAUUGGAGAAGCAGUUUCUGCCCAUCUUUAUAUUGUACGGUCUUUGCUGUGAUCAUGCGCAAUUCGUAUUUUGCUUACAGGAACCGGAUGAGGGCUGGUUCCCGUGCUGACGUCCUUGGCAAACAGCGACACGUGGAGGACCAAAAUGCAAAGACAACAACAGUACUCGCUUUAGCGUCACCCAGGUUGACAAGAUUAUCAACGUCCAGGAAAAACAACGAUGUUGAGGAGGAACUACAACGACAUAAGCCCCCAUGAUAACCACUCGUGGAGUUGCAACGGGCUUUCAUUGUGCAGCAAAAGCAAUGAGCGCUGCAGCAGGUUCAUCGUCAUUCGAGCCUCCAGAGCAUUCUCUGCCUGGAGUCCAGGAAACACGCCCUGGGAGCCCGUCGCGACUGCGGAGACUGGUCGACAUUCCGGGAUGCCAACCGGACCGAGUCAACGACUUGCUUCUACUCAGUACUUUGGAUUCACAGGGACGGUGCGGUUCAGACGCCGAAUAUCGCAGUGCACAUGUUGUGUUUUUCCCUGGAGACAUACAGAACUUCCAGCAGGAGAUGUCGCUCCAGCCAGAGGAGGCGCAGUGGCUGUCCUGGAGCCUGGAGAACGUCGCCCUCACCCUGGGUCACCGCUUCCCUGACCGCCACGUGUGGGUGAUCCGAGCCUCCCGCAUGUACCUGCACAAGUUCAGCUGCUAUCACAACUUUGUGGAGAGCAACCUGUUUGGAGCGCCCGAGCACUCACCUGACUAUGGAGCAUUUCGCCACCUGAGGGCACUGCUGAGCAACGGCAUGGAGCGAGCUGGCUUGCCUAACCCCCUCCCGCUUCAAAGGGGUGGCGACACAGUCUCCCCGGGUUUCUCCUUGGCCGUGGUUGGCUUCAGCAAAGGCUGCGUGGUGCUCAACCAGAUGGUGUACGAGCUGGCGAGGGCGCGGGCUGACCCGGAGCUGGGGCCAUUUGUGGAGCGCCUUUCAGACAUGUACUGGCUGGACGGUGGCCACCCGGGAGGCAGCGAGACCUGGGUGACUGACAAGCGGGCGCUGGGGGAACUGGCGGCCAGCGGGGUUGCGGUCCACGCCCACGUGACACCGUACGAGGUGCGUGACCCCAUGCGAGCCUGGGUGGGCCGAGAGCAUGGUCGCUUUGUCAAGAAACUUGAGGAUCUAGGGGCCCGACUCAGCCAGAAGCUGCACUUUGAGGAUGAGCCCGCAUCCAUCGAGAACCACUUCCGGAUCAUCCAGGAUUUCUGAGGGGCAACAGUUGACAAUUCCUCAAGUGCAGCAGCUCCUUCCAUUGAACAUUGUCUUGAUGUCAAGUGACAUACUGUGGUGACUUGGAGUGGGCCUCUCUUUCACCAAGGAACACUUGGUGGUGUUUGUGUGGAACAACUACAUUUCCUGCUGUUGCUUGGGUCAGAAUGUCCCGUAACUUCUUGUAAAUUGAUUUAUGUUCAGUGAUGGACUUUGAGUUGGAGGUUAGCUUAAAUGAAUCUUGCAGGCUGUUCAGCAUUCAUACUGUAUUCUAAUAGACUAGAGUGAUAUCUCUUGUUAAGCUUAUAGAGCUGCUUUUGCACUACCAUGCUGGAUUUCUGGUGAUUAUUGUUUCAAUGGCUACUGAAAUGCAAUGAAUGUACUUUUCUACUUCAUAGCCAUUCCAUUUUUUUGAAAUGCUGUUUUUGUUUAAGACAUGCUAUUCCAUAGCUGCUGUUGUAUGAUUCACUCAUUUAGAAAAAAAUGACCAACUCUUAAAAUAUACAAUACUGUUGAAAUGUGUGUGUGUGUGUGUGUGUGUAUAGUGGUUAUUUCAGUCAAACACAUUUUAUAUUUGUAAAUGGUUGAUUAUACCUAGCUGCAUGCAUGUCUGGCACACAGCAAUCAUGAUACAAAAUGCAUUUUAAGGUACACUACAUGACCAAAAGUAUGUGGACGCCUGCUAGUCGAACA